GCCGAUGCUGCCGGCCGUCUAGGCGGGCGGAGGAGGGGUCGGGCUCGGCCUGAGCCCGCAGACACUCAGCGGCCCCCCCCCCCCGGGGCCGUGGAUGCUUUUGGGGGGCCCCCCGCUCGGCCCGGGGAGCGGGUCCGGGGGGCCAUGCGGAUGAGCUUCGGCGGCCUGAGCCCCGGGCCCGGAGGGAGGCGCCCCCCGCCCACGUGUCCGGAGCCUCGAGGCCGCGGGGCCGGCGUCGGCAUGAAUUGCUGGGCCCUCUUCCUCUCCCUCUGGUACCUGCCCCUGGUCAGCGCGGAGGGGGAUCCCAUCCCUGAGGAGAUCUUCGAGAUGCUGAGCGACCGCUCCAUCCGGUCCAUCGGCGACCUCCAGCGUCUCCUGCAGAUAGACUCCGUAGAGGAAGAUGUUACCGAGUUGGAGCUGAAUUUAACCCAAUCCCAUUCUGAUGGCGACAUGGCUGUCUUGUCCCGGCAGAAGCGGGACCUAGGGAAUGUGAACAGGCCCGAGGACGUGAACAAGGCUACGGCCGGGGCCCUGCCGGCCGUGAUUGCCGAAUGCAAGACCCGGACGGAGGUGUUCGAGAUCUCCCGGCGCCUCGUGGACCCCACCAACGCCAACUUCCUGGUGUGGCCGCCCUGCGUGGAGGUUCAACGCUGUUCUGGCUGCUGCAACAACCGUAACGUGCGCUGCCGUCCCUCCAAGGUGCAGCUGAGACACGUCCAGGUGAGGAAGAUUGAAAUCACCAGGAAGAAGCCGACCUUUAAGAAAGCCAUCGUGGUGCUGGAGGAUCACAUGGCGUGCAAGUGUGAGACGGUGGUGGCUCCUCGGUCCUUGGUCCGCAGCUCAGGGAAGCCCCGGGUGUACCAAGGGGCCGUGACCCCCUGGAAGCCGCGGGUCCGGCGGCCGCCCAAGGGGAAACACCGGAAGUUCAAGCACACCCACGACAAGAAAGCACUGAAGGAGAGCCUCAUGGCGUAGGGACUGCCUACAGAGGACAGAGAAACAGACAGGUUUAUUUAAUAUGGUAUUUGCUGUAUUGCCCCCAUGGGGUCCUUGGAGUGAAAAUAUUGUUCCGUCUGUCUGUCUCGGUGCCUGAUUCGGACGACAACUGGUGCUCCCCCCUCCCCCCCCGACCUCCUCCUCUUCUUCCUCCUCAUCCUGUCAGAGACCCUCCCCUCAGCCCCUCUGCCUCUCUCCGCAAGAACUGGGGAAAGGAAGCCGAAGGCCUGCAAACCUCUCGCUCAUCAUCUGGACAACCCGCGAUCCACCUCUGCCGAUGAAAGGGAGGAAAGCCUGCGGUGCAGGGAGGCCGACCUGUCUCCCCGCAACCCCCAGGCGCCCCACUAUUCCCUACCCGCAACCGGCCCCGGCAGGGACCCCACAGCAGGGCACAGGGACUUGGGGAAGAUCUGCCAAUAGCCACGGGUGGACAACGCUUCCUAGGCCGGCCCUGUCCCGGUCUGGGGGACCGGGGCUGGAGCAGAUCUGCCACCCUCUGCCCCCUGCCCCUGCCCCUGCCCCAGGAUGCCUGGGCAGCCCCAGCCCUCGCACUCAGUUACUUCACUUUAUAUGUACAAACUGUUUUGUUUUUUUAAAAUGGACCCUUCAGAACCAGGGUCUGCAGGGAGAGCAACUGGGUGUUGGCCUCUUGGGAGGUCGGGGUCAGGGUGGGGAGGGGGUCAUCUCAGGUGGGCAGGAGAGAAAGCAGUUUGCUUUCUGGGGUGAGGGAAGCCAAGGGUCAUCUAAUCCUUACCCUGGCCCUCUCCCCUUUUCUUUAGUUUUUUUCCUGCCACUCACUUCUCCCUCCUCCACCCUGAAUCUUCCCACCCCUCCUUCCUUCCUCUAGACUCUUGAUCCGUGGUUCUUUCAGUCGCCCCGCCUCUCCCAAGUUUCCCGAAGACUCUCGGGGGAGGGGGCCACAGGUGACAGGUUGCACCCUGCCCCGCCCCCCCCAAGGUCUGGGGGGGCCGGAAUGGGCUGUGGGUCACAUGGGAGUCAGGGGUGGUUCCCUUUACUGAACAGGGCCUUCCUUCACUAAUGCAUUUCCCGUUCCUGGAGGGAGCAAGAAAACUAGUAGGCGGAGUUAGGGGAGAAAGGGGGCCCCCCACUCCCAAAGGGCUUACCUGAGCCUCCCCAAGCUCAUCCAGUGGAGUCUGACCUAACCGGCCCCCAUAGGCCAUAGACCUCUCCCCCAACCCCCAUCCAUCGGUUGGUCAGGUGGCCCAUAUCCCAGAGCCGCUCCAGCGGCUUACCUCUCUCCUGCCCCCAGGGCUUUCCGCAACCUCCCCACCCCUUCGCCUCCUUGAAGAUCCGCUUCCUUCAGUUUGUAAAGUCGGUGAUUAUUAUUUUUUUGGCUUUUAUUUUUUAAAUGUAAAAUUAAUUUAUAUUCCGUAUUUAAAGUUGUAAAAAAAAAAAACCCACAAAACAAAAAUCAACCCGU